GUCAUUUUCAAUUGCAAAUCGAUGAUAAUUAAAGCUAUUACCACAUUACCGUAUGUUCAGUGAUGCGGACUACGCUCUCGACGCUUUUGCUCUGCUGUUUGGCAGUAGUCAGCCCCAGUACUUCAUUAUUUAGUUCAGAAAGAUUAUACAAGGAACAAAAACUAGUAAAGAAUAUUUCUAUUAGACUAUUGAAGAGGGACUGGAAGCCUCUUGGUCCCUCGGCAGCCACCGAAGAUGCCAUGGAUGAAUAUCGCUGGGACGUCGACACAGCAUUCAAUGCUUUGUUCAAGUCCUCAUGGACAUACGAGAGUGCCAAAGUCACCGAUGCAGAAUCGCUGUUCAAAAGUGAUCACUUCAAGAAAGAUCAGGAGUCAAUCGUCAUAGUUCACCCAAUCUUCUCCUCAGCUGACACGAAUUUUGUCAAGACUACAGUUACCGCCCUGGCUAUGCGGAACCUACACAAGAAGUACAACAUCUUCGCUACCGACAUGCCCUGGAACAAUCCUCACAUGAUGUUUUCUGUAUUCUUGAGCUCUAUUGGCAAGCGGGCACAUUUCGAGCCAAUGGGAAAGGCAGUGGCAAGGUUUCUAGUAGACGGUGUGGAUAAAGGAUACAUCAGACCAGAACAGAUAAAUCUACUAGGCUGGAGUUACUCCGGUCAACUGGUAGGAUACAUGGCUCGGCACCUCAACAACAAAUACAGCAAGAAAAUCAAUUCUGUUGUUUCCCUUGAUCCAUUCUACUCGGAGUCUGACAAAGAUAUGAUCCACGUAUCGCAGAAUGAUGCUCACUUGGUCCAUAUCUUCCAUACGAAUUCUCAAAAGGCGGGGACAAGACGGAGACUUGGAACAGCUGACUUUGUCUUCAACAAUGGAAUAAUACAACCAGAAUGCCGCUCUCCAGGUGUAUUGGAAAACGCCCACGUUUGUAGCCACUUGAAAGUAGUCCAGAGGUUCUGGUACGUCAUUUUGUACCCAUCAAAAUUCGUCGGACUUAAAUGUUCAGCAUGGAACAGCAUGAAGGACUGUUUGUGCGAUGGGAAUGACAAGACAGUUAUAAGAUACCCGUUGGUCCAGGACCUGAAGAUAGAAGGACUCUACCAUCUGCGUACUCUGGCUCACAGACCCUACGGUGUAGGCGACUGGGGGGUGUCCUGUACUUCAGAGAAACGUCUCUACAGGGAGUUCAAGAAGGAAAACUAACAGCUUGUGACGUUUAUCUGAACCUCAUAAUAGUAAAAUAAACUCCUACUACUAAAAGUGAAAACUAACUUG